GGUGAUUUGGUUUAUUUCCGUUGAUCGUGAACUUUGACAUGUGCAGAAAAUUAAAACAGCAACAGUAACAAAAAAAUUUGAGGUUUGUUUCUUUAAUCAGGUAAAAAGAUGGCAAAAUGCAAAUUUAUUUUUUAUCCAUUUUUCACCGAUAAAUAUCUGCACUCACGUAAAAUUUUACAGUAAUUUGAAAAUUCACAAAUAACUUAUGCACAUUUAGUGCCUCAAAAACGAAAGAAAGUAAUAGUACUACUUUACUAUUUAUAAUCGCUACCCUUCAAAACCUCUCGUAAACCAGUUUUCUAUUUAAAAUCUUAAGGGGGCAUUACGGUUGGAUUUUGAACAAAAAUUGAAAAAUUCACCCUUUUUCUUAUCUCCUUUCAAGUGAUACCAGAAUCCAUCUAGUUUCCGAUUAUAUGUUUUUACACUUCAUUCAUGCGCCGCUAAAAAACAGCCGCUUUUGAAGGCUAGUAGUGUCAAUUUUGGUUGCCAUGGUAAUCACAGGUAAUCCAAUCGUUUUAGCACGUUUCAUUUCUCCAAAAUUGUGCAAAAACUCAUUCCAUUUGAUCCUGAGACCCUUCAGUCCAGCCCCAGAUCCUUGAAGUUAAAAUUUCCACUAAUAUGAAGCCCAGUCACAAAUCGUUCAAAUCAUGCUAAAAGUUGGGAGAGAGAGUCUGUUUUGAGGAAUGGUGCAUCAAGAAGAAAGGUUAUGGGGGAACCAGGAAACUAGAGGUAGUGCCGAAGAGAAGGAAAGAAACGCGAGCUGUAGAAGUCACCUUUGUUGGCGAAGAUGAUGUUGGCAGCGAGCAAAUCUGCCAAAUCACUGCCUAAAAUUUUCAAACCAAGAAAGGCACAAAUACUGUCAUGGUACAAGUUCAAAAGGGGAUUGCCUUGUCCAGACAAGCCACAUCACCUGGAUAGUGUUUUCAAGGAACCCCUUGAGAAAAUCUAUGAUCGUUUGAGUGAGCCAGCACUCCUCAUCAUAUGCUUGCCUGGAUACACCCAGAAUGCAAAUGUCCCAAGCAUGAGUUGCAUGGAAGAAAGGGAAUUGUCAUGGCUGCAUCCUGUGCUGCUUUGCACUUCAGUUGUGGUGCAACAUAAAAAAAAUUAAUGUCAUUAGGAAAGCUGAAAUCUCACCUGGCAAGCACAAUUGGAAGGAAGCAAGACAAAGCUUUGGACAGUGGAAGAAUUCAGUUAGCAGAGCACAGAGCUCAAGAAAAACACAAACAAUUUAGACUUGUACGAAGACAUGCUAAGUAGAGAGAAGAAGACCUGUGUAUAAUGUACAAAGGCAUAACCUACACAGCUGCACAGACUGAGUAAAAAGAGAAAGAACCUAGGCAUACCUUCAAGUAGGUGUGCUGUGAUUCAUAAAAGGCCAUUUUAGGGAGUCAUUAGUCUUGCAAGUGACAUUUAGAUAAAACUGAAGUUUUAAUUGCAUUUUUCCAAAAAUAGGUUUUUCGGGGUAAUUUUGUUGGCCCCUCAUAAUUCUAAAUGAGUAUUUCAGCUAUCGACACCAAAUUUGGUACAAAGGUUAUUUAUAUAAUUAUCUGCGACCUAAUUGAGCAAAAUUUCUUCUUCUGAAAUACUGCUGGUUUUAUAAGUAACUUGUCAUUUGCCAAAUCUAAUUGGUUACCAUGACAACCAAAAUGAUAAAAAGGCGACAACUCUCGAUACAAUUGGAU